AUGGGUAGAGCUCCUUGCUGUGACAAAGCAAACGUGAAGAAAGGGCCAUGGUCACCGGAAGAAGAUGCUAAGCUGAAGUCGUAUAUAGAGCAGCAUGGCACCGGUGGCAACUGGAUUGCUUUACCUCAAAAGAUUGGCCUUAAAAGAUGCGGUAAGAGCUGUCGCCUUAGGUGGUUGAAUUAUCUCCGCCCAAAUAUCAAGCAUGGAGGAUUCUCAGAAGAAGAAGAUAACAUAAUUUGCAGCCUCUAUAUGAGUAUUGGAAGCAGGUGGUCUAUAAUUGCAGCACAAUUACCUGGAAGAACUGAUAAUGAUAUCAAGAAUUACUGGAAUACGAGGCUGAAGAAGAAGCUACUCGGUAAGCAGCGCAAAGAACAAGCAGCACGUAGAAGUAGCUGCGCGAAGCAAGAGGCACGGAAAGGGGUUGAGAAUUCUAUGGUUGUCAAUGAUAAUGGUAACCAGACCGCGUACUGGCCAGAGCUUCCGGUGCUGGCACCUAUACCCUACUCAACCCACGAAUCGCGUUUCAAUGAUAUUACUUCUAUCAGAAAAUUGCUUAUCAAACUUGGGGGAAGAUUUUCUGAUGAUGAUCAAUUCAUUCACAAUGGGCUAGACUUUCAUCAGCUCCCUAUGGAUGUUUCAUCAUCCAAUAUUCAAACACCAUUUGAACACUCCAUCAAUUCUCUCUCUUCUAUUCCCAUGGAUGUCUUGAGCACACCUACUUCUGAAUUGGAAAACACCCAAUACAACAUAGAUGGGGCAGGCUUGCAUAUAUUGCCAGGACAAAGCAGUUUUCCAGCUGUUUUUGAGGAAAUGACACUUAACAACCCACACAAAUUAGAUGGGAUGGAGUUACUAUAUGAGGGCAUUGUCGAUAACAGAGCCGGCACUUCUUGUGGGGAAAGCACUGAUUGGGUUGGGACAAGCUCCCUGGUUUUCCCUCCUUUCUCUUCCAACUAUGAAGGUGGUCAUCUUCAACAAGAAAUGUUGCAGGAAUGUGCUUUUGGUAAGUUGAGGUACCCCAGCCAGGAAUAAUGGUAUUGUACACUGAUGAUUUUAAUCUGUGCUACUAAUGGAGGUGGU